CCCUGCGCGAAGGUAGCGUGGACGUGUGCAGCUGUCAGCAUACACAUACUGCACCCUUCUAUCUCUCUUUAUCGCCAGGAAUUGAGAACUUUGCCCUCGGUGUUGCGCAGUUUCUCUGUCGCAGGUGAAAGACAUUCGCUGAGUGUUCACUCCUGUGAGUGAAUGAGCCUCAGUGACGGUGAUAAUCCGGCGGGAGCUCGUCCCCCUGUACCGCUCGACUGCUGCGGAGGACUCAACAACGUGGAUUACUCAAAGAUGGACCUGACCCCGAUGGAGGAUUUCCUGAAGCACCUCUCCUUUCAAGACUCCAGUUUUUGCAUCGCCGUGAUCGCCAUUAUCUUCAACCCCCUCUUCUGGAAUGUGGUGGCGCGGUGGGAACAUCGAACACGGAGGAUCUCCAGAGUCUUUGGCAGCCCUUACCUGGCCUGUUACUGCCUGGCAUGCGUCAUCAUUUUGCUCAACGUCUACCGCAGCCACAGCAUAACAGUGGUGAUGAAGGCCCAGGCCCGGUGGGAAGUGAUGGAGAGGACAGAGGUUUUCUACACGGGUGUUGCUUUCAUGGUGUUGGGUACUCUGCUUGUCGUCAGCAGCUUCCUCACUCUGGGAUUCACUGGAACUUUCUUAGGUGAUUACUUUGGAAUCCUGAUGGAGGAGAAGGUGACAGGUUUUCCCUUUAACAUCACCGAAAACCCGAUGUAUUGGGGCAGCACUGCCAACUACCUCGGCCUGGCACUCACUAGCGCCAGUCCGAUCGGACUUGUUCUGACCGCCAUAGUCGCGGUGGCUUACAAGGUGGCACUGACAUUCGAGGGACCGUUCACUGAACACAUCUACGAGGAGCGGAGUCCGCGCUGCAAGCUCGAGUAAUCGCCUCGCAGGCGCUUCCUGCUCCUGGUUUUGGCCGAGGAUUCCCAUCCUGUCAAGUGGAUGGACACACGGACAGAGGGACGGACUGAAAGACAUUUCUCCCCAGCUGCCUGUGUGGACACAAAGGACAUAACUGCAGCUUUUUACUUUUUUUUUUUUUUUUAAACCACAUGCACGUGAACAAUAAUUUUCAGAUGUCUGUCGUGUGUUAUUAAAAAAAAAUACACAUUCAA